AUGGGGUUCGUGUCCUUGUUUGAGGUGGCGUCCGUGCCGAUACUCGAGGUGCUCAUAAUCAGCACAUUGGGAGCUUUCAUGGCUACUGAUUACCUCAACCUAUUCCCAUCUGAUGCCAGAAAGUAUAUGAACAAAAUUGUGUUUGUGGCCUUCACUCCAUCAUUGGUGUUUUCGAGUCUUGCCAAGACAGUACGUCUCGAAGACAUCAUCUCAUGGUGGUUCAUGCCGGUGAAUAUCGCGGUAACUUUUGUAGUCGGAGCCUUUUUUGGAUGGGUGGCGGUUAAGAUACUUAGACCCGAACCGUAUCUCGAAGACCUCAUCAUCGCGUUUUGUUCAUCAGGUAAUUUGGGGAAUAUUCUAGUGAUAAUCAUCCCGGCUAUCUGCCAGGAGAACGGUAGUCCAUUCGGGGAUGAGAAUGUUUGCACCACUGUUGGACUUUCGUACGCUUCGUUUUCUAUGGCGCUUGGAGCUUUCUAUAUAUGGACUUACACAUUCCACUUAAUACGAAGCGCGGGAGAAAAAUACAAAGCCAUACUCGCGGCAGAGGAGUCCAAAAAGGAGCCCAAUAAGGAUUUAGAGGCAGAUGAUAAAUCAGCUCUUCUUCUUCUUCUUCAUCAAGGAGACGUUACACAGAAACAAAUAGUUGAGUCGAAGCGUAACACGAUGUGGUGGACCCGGAUUGUGAUGAUUUUCCAUCAGAUAGGGGAGGAGCUAUUGUCACCCCCAAUCCUUGCUGCCGUGAUCGGGCUCGUGUUUGGAGCAAUCUCAUGGCUUCGUAACCUCAUAAUCGGUGAAAAUGCUCCACUCCGAGUGAUCAACAGCUCUCUCAAAUUACUUGGGGAUGGGACUAUUCCUUGCAUCACUCUCAUACUAGGAGGCAACCUAACACAAGGGUUGCGGAAAGCGAAAUUGAGAUGGGGGAUAGUGAUUGCUGUGGUUUGUGUGAGAUACGUAAUACUUCCUGCGGUUGGAAUUUGUGUGGUGCAAGCGGCCUCACGACUUGGCUUCCUUCCUAGCGACCCACUCUACCACUUUGUGCUCAUGAUCCAGUUCACUCUUCCACCCGCCAUGAACAUUGGUACAAUGACUCAAUUAUUCGAUGUGGCGCAAGAAGAGUGCUCGGUGUUGUUUUUGUGGACUUAUGUUGUUGCAGCACUUGCGCUGACAGCUUGGUCCACCCUUUUCAUGUGGAUCUUGACAUAG